UACCAAUAUAUCAUUAUCAUAAUUAGUGCGUCUUUUUAAAAUAGUGCCAUGAAGUUGAUUUAUUUUUUUCUCCUUUUUUUCAUAUUUGAUGAAUCCAUGGCAUUUCCAUCAGAAAACAUCUCUUGUGAUAAUAAAAAAAGAGAAGCGCCUUAUCAAUACGUGACUAUAGAAGAAACACCAUUUGUGGCUGUUGUUACAGUACGUAGAUUUAAAAAUUGUAAUAUUCAAGAUAAAUAUUGUGGUGCUACUAUUUUGUCUAAUUAUUGGAUUCUCUCUUCAGCCGAAUGCUUUAAUAUAGAUGAAAAUUAUGACGAGGAACUUGAUUACUAUUGUCCUAGGGAUAUUUUUGUUGCCACUAAAGUGGACGCUAUCCCUCCCGAUACUGAUAUAGUAACUCAUGAAAUUGAAAAAGUUCUUCUAGGAAAUAAUAGCAUCAGUGUUUUUUCUGAAAAUAUAGCUUUAAUAAAAUUGAAAAAACCUAUUGAUUUUGACGAGUCACAAAGGCCAGUUCUAUUAGCAAAACCAACAGACAAGCCAGGAGACAAAAAUUGCCUUGAAUUAACUGGAUUCAAAUUAAACAAAAAGAUUGAAACGGAAAAUUUGGGAAGUGCUUUUAUUUCAAUAACCAACUCAUGUUAUGAUAAAUUUCCAGAAAUUAUAAAUGAUUGCUUCUGUACAACUGAAUAUAAUUAUUAUGUAAAUGAAAAUUAUUCACAUUUUCUUCCAGGUACAUCUGUUAUGUUUAACAAUAAAUUAGUUGGUUUUGAUCCAAAUUCUGUGACGUUUACUAAUUUGAGUAACAAUAUUACUUAUGCAAUAUUUAUCAACACGGCUGAUAUGUAUGAUUGGAUAAUAAAAACAAUAAAAAAUUAAAAUACAUA